UGAGGUAGAGAAUGGGGUUGUUGAUAAAGUCUUCUCUGGGAAUUGUAGUUCUUAAGUCUGUGAGGCGAGUAGUAGGCGGAGUGACUCGGCGGCCAUUAGCUGUGUGUAGUUGCUUGGUGCUAGGAGCUUAAGUGUAGCGGGAAUUCUUACUCGGUGGAAAUCAACCCUAGCCAUGGGUUCCUGCCGGGGAUAGUUCUAGAGCACGGAGCAGGAGGCGCUUUUCGGUUCCCCGCCUUGCCCGCUGGUAGGGCCUACUAGGCCGCCCGGACAUCCCGGGUCUCAAGUAGGCCUAGUCUGCCAGCAAGGGCGUCCCAAAGGCGGGAGGCGCCAUGUCUCUGGUUGCUUAUGCCAGCAGCGACGAUAGUGAGCCGGAUGAGCCGGAGCCGGAGCCGGAGCCGGAGGAAGAGGAUGUGGCGGCUCCUAUGCCGGGGCCCACUUUAGGAGGCCUGUUCGCUUCUCUUCCUGCACCCAAAGGCCCGGCCUUGCUGCCCCCGNCCCCCCAGAUGCUGGCCCCAGCCUUCCCCCCGCCGCUCCUGCUGCCCCCGCCCACCGGAGACCCCAGACUGCAGCCGCCUCCGCCGCUGCCCUUUGGCCUGGGCGGCUUCCCGCCACCUGCAGGAGUGAGCCCUGCUGAAGCUGCGGGAGUUGGAGAGGGGCUGGGGCUGCCAUCGCCUCAAGGCCCCGGGCUCAGUCUGCCCCCAGCUGUGGGCGGUGUCGGACCCCCCUUGGGCCUUCCCAAGCCAAAGAAGAGAACCGAACCGGUUAGGAUAGCGGCGCCGGAGCUGCAGAAGGGCGAUUCAGAUUCUGAGGAAGAUGAGCCUGCGAAGAAGAAAGUUGUCCUGCAGGGAUCCGGCGAGGGGACUGGUUUGUCUGCCUUGCUCCCCCAACCUAAAAACCUGACUGUGAAAGAGACUAACAGGUUGCUCCUGCCCCAUGCCUUCUCCCGGAAACCCUCAGAUAUCUCCUCAGAUGCUAAGCCCUCUAGAUUGGCUUCUAAGACCAAGCCCGCCUCACUUGCUCCUGUUUUGGGUACCACAACCACCACUCCAUCACCCUCUGCCAUCAAGGCUGCUGCCAAGAGUGCUGCCCUGCAGGUGACCAAGCAGAUAACACAGGAGGAUGACGACAGUGACGAGGAAGUUGCUCCUGAGAACUUUUUCUCCCUCCCUGACAAGGCUGAGCCACCUGGAGUUGAGCCAUACCCUUACCCUGUCCCCACUGUCCCUGAAGAGCUGCCUCCAGGCACAGAACCAGAACCAGCUUUCCAGGACGAUGCAGCCAAUGCCCCCCUUGAGUUUAAGAUGGCGGCAGGGUCAAGUGGAGCUCCCUGGAUGCCGAAGCCUGGGGAUGACUACAGCUACAAUCAGUUUUCCACAUAUGGCGAUGCCAAUGCUGCUGGUGCUUAUUAUCAGGAUUACUACAGUGGUGGCUACUAUCCUGCACCGGACCCGGCUCUGGUCCCUCCCCAGGAAAUUGCCCCUGAUGCCUCUUUCAUUGAUGAUGAAGCAUUUAAGCGGCUGCAGGGCAAGAGGAACCGAGGGAGAGAGGAAAUCAACUUUGUGGAGAUCAAAGGUGAUGACCAACUCAGUGGGGCUCAGCAGUGGAUGACCAAGUCACUGACAGAAGAGAAAACCAUGAAGUCCUUCAGCAAAAAGAAAGGUGAACAGCCAACUGGCCAGCAGCGGAGGAAACACCAGAUCACAUAUCUGAUUCAUCAGGUGAGGAUGCUCAGGGCUCACAGCAUUCCAUAAACUUGGGAAUGGGAGGGGAGUUAAUGUGACCAGAGCCAGGCACCACCCUUUUGGUAGGCC